CUCAUUGACCGUCUAAACGUUAUGGCCAGCAUGAUGAGAAUUUGUCCGAUCCUCCUUUGGACAAUGAUUGUGGUUCAGCCACACGUACCUCAAGGUAAAGCAGUUCAGGUUUUCCCACCUGUUAACUUUACCCUUACGGUCUCUGCAUUAGCACGAGUACUUCUACGCUGGAAGCCAAACCCUAAUCAAGAACAAAAAAACUACACUAUUAGAUACGAUGUGAAAAUCUUAGCUCCUGUGUCUGAAGAGUAUGAUACAAAGAAGACUUACAGUUUCCAAACAGCUGCACUUCACAAUGGUUUCUCUGCACACGUUCGGACGUUACUUUUCCAUAAUGGCCUUCAGAUGACAAGUGACUGGGUGACAGCAGAACUCCAGCCUCCACCAGGUGCUGCAAAUACAGCUGUCACUAACUUGUCCUGUGCUACUCAUUUCACCAUUUUUAGUACUGUUUCUCUCCACUGCACUUGGCUUCCUGGCAAAGGGGCACCAGAAGAUACCAAGUACUUUCUAUUUUACAGGUAUGAGACCUGCACUGAAGAAUGUCAAGAUUAUAUCAAAGACAAGUGGAACAGGAAUAUAGAGUGCAGAUUUUCAGUGACUCAUAUUACUCCUGAUGAGAUUGAUAAACUCAUUGUAAUACAUAUUAAUGGAUCUAGCAAGUAUGCUGCAAUCAGACCUUUUCAGCAGUUAUUUAACCAAAAUGCCAUAGAAAAAGUGAAUGUUCCCAGAAAUGUCACUGUAUUCUUAGAGCAAAAUGAUCUCUUGGCCACAUGGGAGAAGCCAAUUUCUCCUUUCUCUAAAGGGUGUUUUGAAUAUGAAUUUUACCUCAUCAACUUGAAGUCAGGUAACAAGCAGACAUUGAAAAUAUACUCAAAUGACGUCAGAUUAUGGAUUGAUGUUACCUGCAAGUAUUCCAUACAAAUAAGAGCUAACCAUCAUCUAUGUUGUAGAAGAGGAUUUUGGAGUGACUGGAGUGAAAUUCUUUAUGUUGGAGAAAACAAACAGGAGAAUUUCAUAGCCUGGAUUCUGGCUGUGCUCUGUGUGUCCAUGUGUGCUACAAUCGUGCUUGUUGGUAUAAUAUGCAAAAUGAAAUUUGUAUGGAGUAAACUGUUUCCGCCAAUUCCGACACCCAGCAACAAGUUCAGAGAUCCCUUUCCAAAUGAGUAUGAGAGAGCGCGCACCUGCACCAGCGAGACAGAGACGGAGCUCGGCAGCUUCGACGAAGAUCUCUCCUGCAGCGCCCUGGACGACUUUGUCUUCUGAGGCAGUGCAGCCUUGCGCAGUAGGGCCAUGCCACA